CCUCCAGACACCAGCCUGCCGCCUGCCGAACCAAAUCUUCUCACUCUCGACCUAUGUGACCUACAGAGAUGAUGCUGGCUGCUCUGUUGCUCACCCUCCACAGCCUUGGCCUUCACACCCUCUGGCAGGCCCAGGCUGUUCCCAUCCUGCCCCUGGGCCUGGCACCAGACACCUUCGAUGACGCCUAUGUGGGCUGCGCAGAGGAGAUGGAGGAGAAGGCAGCCCCUCUGCUGAAGGAGGAGAUGGCCCGCCAUGCCCUGCUGCGGGAAUCCUGGGAGGCAGCCCAGGAGGCCUGGGAGCAGAAGCAGCGAGGGCUCACCCUGCCCCCUGGCUUCAGAUCCCACCAUGGAAUUGCUGUCAUGGUCUAUACCAACUCCUCUAACACUUUGUACAGGGAGCUGAACCAGGCCGUGCGGACGGGCGGUGGCUCCCGGGAGCUCUACAUGCGGCACUUCCCCUUCAAGGCCCUGCAUUUCCACCUGACCCGGGCCCUGCAGCUGCUGCAGGGAAGUGAGGGCUGCAGCAGGGGACCUGGGCUGGUGGUGUUCCGAGGUGUAGACACCCUUCGCUUUCAACCUAAGAGGUCGGGGGACUCUAUUCGCUUGGGCCAGUUUGCCUCCAGCUCCCUGGAUGAGGCGGUGGCCCACAGAUUUGGUAAUGCCACCUUCUUCUCCCUAAGGACCUGUUUUGGGGCCCCCAUCCAGGCCCUGUCUGUUUUCCCCAAGGAGCGUGAGGUGCUGAUCCCUCCCCAUGAAGUCUUCUUGGUCACCAGGUUCUCCCAAGAUGGAGCCCAGAACCUAGUGACUCUUCGGAGCUAUAAUAAGACCUGCAGCCACUUUAACUGCGCCUAUCUGGGUGGGGAGAAGAGGCAAGUCUGUGUGUCCGAGCCAACAAGGGAGGCAAUUGAACACACCCUCCAACAGGGCCUCCUUCCCUCUGCUCUCCUGGAAGACCCCGCUCUUGGCCCCUGUGGGGAUCCAGCUCUCGGGAGCUGGGCCCUUGAAAGUCCAUUGCCUGCCACUUAGGAGUCCUGGCAACUGUUGACCUUCAUAUGUAGAAGGGGGCCUUCUAGCAACCUUGAGAAGCAAGAACAUGGUUUCGGACCCAGCCCUUGAAGCCAUCUCCCCAACCUGGAUGUGGAGGAAUCUGAGGCCAUGGAAGGGUGGAGGAAGCCCCGCUAUGUGGUGGGGACUCCCUGG